AAACAUAUUUGAAUCCUGCAUGAAGCAAUGUGAAGCAUCGUGCGAGGAUAUAACUUACGACAGCCGCGUCACAGGCAUACGGACCAUUCCGAAGCCUAACGGGUCUGACGAAGUGGUGUACGAGCUUACUGUUAGGUUCGCCACGGACAUCUUAGAGCUGGUGACGGAGCAACCUACCUUGAGCCUGAUUCGAGUCUUCGGCUACGUUGGCGGCUAUUUAGGAAUAUGGCUUGGAUUUUCUCUGCUUCGAGUUCUCGAGUACUACAACGAACUUAUCAGGCGGUAA